CGGAGCACACCAAGCAGGUCUGUACCAUGCUGCGGCAGCCACGGAGCCCUCGACCUGAAGCACGGCGGGUGGCAGCGGGCGGCCCUCAGCUCCCGAGGGUUCAAGGAGCCAUCAGAGGAGAAGCAGCUGCUGCCCCGAGGCAUGGGCUCCGUCCGGGCCGGCACAGGGCCGCAGGCACCGCGCGUGUCGGUCUAACACCAGGGUUUGAAAGUGUUCAGGAAGCUGCUUAUCAAAGGAGCUGCUGCCUCUGCCGCUUCCUCUCCCUCCUUCUCCCCCACCCUGCCUGCCGCCCACACACAUACCGGCCACAUCGCCGCAGCUCGGCUCCGCCGGGCUGCCUGCAGCCCCAGCCCCGCUCCCCACCGGCAAACCCCCGUCGUGUGCCCGUGGACACAGCCUCGCUUCCCCCCAAAUCCUGGGGUGCACCCAGGGGUGUCUCCGCCAGGGCCCGUGGGGCGCGUGGUGCCCUCUGCGCCCAGCCACAGCCUGGGCCGGCUGUGGGGACACGGAGAGACGGGUGGGAGCCUGGCCAUGGGGAUGGGGAUGCUGGCAGAGGGUUGAGCGUGGCUUCACGUGGCAUUUUGGCACUGCCACGUGCCACCCUGCGGGGACUGAGGACGGGUCCCCCACCCGUGCCACACUGCCUGCAUCCCCUCACACGGUGCUGUUCCCAGCCAGGGCGCAGCAUCUCGCACCCACCGUGCCCAGCCAUGGGUGACCUGGCCAGGAUCCACCUGGGGGUGCCACCCGCAGCCCCUCUGCAGCUGGGACCACCCCAGCGGGGCAGGGAACGGGGCAGGCAGGUCCCCGGAGGGUCGGGCUCAGGUAGGACAGGUCUGCCUGCCCUUGGGCCGCUGCACAUCCUUCCUGCGAUGCCCUCAGGAGCUCGCUGCCUCCUGCCGCAGCCCUGCCACUCUUCCUGUUUGUCGUGGCCCAGGCUGUGCGCACAGACGCCGCUCGGCCCGUUUCCUUCCUCUUCUGCCCCCACCCCGCUGCAGCGGCCCCGCUGCUCCCCACCGGCAGCGCCGGGCGCAGUGGCCCAAAUGCCUUCGCCGCUUGCCAGCCUUGUGGGCUCUUUUGAGAUGCCAGGGGCCACCUCGAGCCCAGCUGAUGGCCGUGACCCGGGCGUGUGGUGCUGGAGAGGUGCCUCUGUGUGUGCUGGUGUGUUCUGAGGAGCUCAAAGGGGUGUGAAAUACAUCGCCUUCGCUGAGGGUGGAGUGGACCAUGGGCGAUUCCAG